CAACGUAGCGUUACAGCGUUCGUAGGGUGUUUCUCGUUUCGUGAGGAGGCCCCCUUAAAUUUUUUCUAAUCCCCUCUCGCUCUCUCUCACUCUAUCCCGCAACUAAACGAGAGAGAGAAAAAAAGUGCGUCUUGUGAUUUGAUUUUGAUUUGAAGUGCGCGAGUUUUUUUUUAAUAAAUUAAUAAACGAUGGGAUUAUGUCUGUGAAAAGUACUAGUUCGGUUGGAGACGCUUCCGGCGUCGUCCGAACGGGGUACUUGAAGAAGCUGCGCACGUCGAAACGUAAAAAGUUCUUCGUGUUAAGAUCGGAAACUGUUGAAAACGCGGCGCGUUUGGAGUAUUACGAUUCGGAGAAAAAGUACGCGGCGGGGGCGCGCCCCAAAAGGGCGAUAGCUCUUAAAUCGUGCUUUAACAUUAACCGGCAGCCGGAUUCAAAGCACAGGCACGUCAUUGCGCUCUAUACGAAGGACGACCGCUUCUGCAUCCUGUUCGAUAGCGACGAGGAGCUCGACUCCUGGUUAAAAAUCUUACUGUUAUUACAACACGGCGAUGAAGCCACCGACGGCGUCGCCCCCAGACCCACUUUUGAGCAUGUUUGGCAGGUGAACGUUUUAAAGAGGGGCUUGGGUACUAAUUAUUCCGGAAAAGAAGCCAAAACGGCGUAUAGGCUAUGUCUAACGGAUAAAAUUCUUAGUCUUGUUAAGAAAGAUACGUUGGAUAUGAAGAUUGAACUGGAUUUGUCGAGUAUAAGAAGUUGUGGUAACCUCAAGACUUAUUUUUUUAUGGAGGUUGGUAGAAAUAGCGAAAUAGGAGCUGGGGAGUUAUGGAUGGAAACUGAAGAUCAAAAUAUCGCCCAAAAUAUUCACCACACCGUUUACCAUGCGAUGAUAUCAAAAAAAGAUGAUGAAGAUGAAUUGGAUCCGAAACGAAGGAUAAGAUCGUCUUCAGCGACAGAAUCGACGAAAUCAAAUAAUUCAAAGAGGACCUUUUUACCUGGAAAGGUUCCGUCUCAAACAGAUGCUCAUCAAAACACAAGCCCAGAGGUGCCAACUCCCACCACUUCCGGGUACACUUCCGCCGCUUUCGCGGUGAAGGUGAACCAUCAGCGUACUCGAUCUCUCCCCCUCGCGCAGCCCGCCUCCGAGAUACCACCCCAUCAUCAACGGACCGCUAAGAGACAUGCGCAGUCCAAAUGUUAUACAACGACUUCAGGGAGAGAGCGUUGCGAUAGCAUGCCAAGUAGAUCUCGAACGAAAAGCGAAGGAACUCAUAAUAAUAUGUGUGGGAACAUCCCUCGGGGAUGCAUGCAACGCCCUCACUCGUAUUACCCACAUUUAUCACCUUCCGGAAGCCCCAUAACACCUCCUUCAGCCGCCGGAUCAACGGAUUCAACGGGUUCCUCGAAUAGUGUUGAUGAUUGCGAUGGUUGGGUUCACGAGGAAUCAUCACAUCGUUGUGGUGGGGCCCUCCCAAUUGUAAUUGGGGGCUACACACACUCUUUAACUCCGGAUGAGCCGAUCGCAGAGGAAGAUAAUUGCGGGGAUGAUUUCUUUUUAUGCGAUAAAUUGUGUAAACCACGCUUAAAUUCGAAUUCCGAGCCGGGUUAUGUUGAUAUGAGCCCUGGAAAUAAACACAUAACCUCCCCGACGACUAGUUUAUCGAGUAUCACCUCCGGGACUCCAUCGACCGAUUACAAAUUUAAUGAGUACAACGUUGAUAAAUCGUUUCCGCAUGUUUUAAGGUCCGAAGAGGACGAUUUAAGGCCGGAAAGAACGAAAUCUGUGGGAUCGACCGAUUCUAAAAUGAAAUUAGCCCGGGAGAGGGCGUUUAGUUGCGGCGCUAAAACCAAAAAGUUUCCGGAGAGGUUUUUUCACCCUCACCCCUCGUCUUAUAGUAACCCAAAAUCGAAUUCGGCACCUUUAUUGCAAUCGCAUGGUGAUCCUAAAAGCGAUUUGAUGUUGUUGGAUUUUUCUUCGAAUAUGGCUCCGAAAAAUAACAAAAAUAGUGGUUAUGUUCCGAUGAAACCGGGAGUUUUACCCGAUUUAAAUCACAACCACGAUAAAAGGAGAUCGCAACAAUCCUCGACCGAUUCACUUUAUGCGAAUCGAAAUCGUACCAUUAUAAAGGGGCACGAAAUUAGGAGCUCGACUCAAGAUUACGUUGAUAUGCGAGCGGGAACUUCGCCUAAAAUAACUAAUAACCCCCAAAAUUCGAGUGGUUACAUGGUUAUGGAUUUAAGUAAAAAUAAGAAAGAAAAUAACUCAAAAAAAUAUUCCUCCCCGUUGAGUAGGUCUCCAAUUUCUCCGAUUACCACAACAACAACAACUCCGAGUGAUUACAUGGAUAUGAAUUAUAAUAAAAAUAAGAAUGAAUCGAUUUCGCCGAAUAUUUUUGAAUGUUCCCCUAAUUCCAUUGAAUUUAUUGAUAGUGAACCGAAAUCGGUUAAUGAAGGGUACGUUGAGAUGACCCCCGGAAAAGGGAUUUCAAAUAAUCAACACCAACGGCAAUCGUCGAUCGAUUCGGAAACCGAUUACGCAAAUAUGUCUUUUAUUAACAAACCGGAAAAGAAAUCACAACCUAUUCAAAUUCAAAAUCAAACGAAAUCGUCACCAAAUCCGUAUCACUUUUGGCAGAAAAAACAAGAAACCCCACCAAAUAAGAGCCAUUUAAAUUUAUCGAUUAACUCGAAUUAUUCCAGUUUACCCCGGAAGAAAGAACCCAAAGAUUCUAGUUCGUCGAUUUUGUUUCCGUUUAACUUGAGCAGCCCGAUUUCGCCCACCAACGAAGGCGAUUACACUAUCAUGGAUUAUAACCCGAAAUCUUCAAAAAAUAGUUUAAAAGAUGAAGGGGAUUACACGUUAAUGUCAACUUGUUUUCGUCCGAUUGUUAAUGAUUCGUCUCCGAAGGAGGAUAAAUCGAGGCCGUCUUCUUCCACUUCGACUUUGGUUGCUUCACGACCGGCGUCUGUGAAUAGUGAGCAGUUGUUGUACGCGAGUUUGGAGUUGAAGGGGUCUUCGGCUUCCGAUGACGAGGAGAGGAAUAGUUUGAAAUCGCUUGCAGGGGUUGGAGGCGUUGGGAAAGAGAAUAAUCAGGAUUUGGCGGUGCAAAAUAGUACGGGUGGGUUUCAGUAUGCGAAGAUUGAUUUUAAUGUGGUUAAUCAUCCUACGAUGGUUAGUAAUCGGGUUAAACAUUAAGGGGGAGAAAGUUUUUAAAGAAACUUAUUUUUUUUUUGUAAAUAGUAAUUAUUUAUUUAAAAUAGCAACUUUUAAUUUUAAAGUAUAUUUUUUUGUAAAUUAUUUGCAUUUAUUUUGACGUUUUUAAUUUGAUGCGCCAUCUUUUAACGAGUAGUUCAAUUAAUAUGAUUUGUCACUAAAUUUUAAAUUAAAAAUUUGUUAUUAAAAUUUUAGUGUAUUUAAAAGAUUAU